AUGGCAAGUCAUCCUUCUCCCGCCCAGCAUGGCAGUGCUGGAAUUUACAAGCGCGCCAGCCGGAAGGGCGCACCUCGUCGCUUCGUCUGCGAUCAUCCAGGUUGUGACAAAUUAUACUCCCGAGCCGAACACCUUCAAAGACAUCAACUGAACCACAACCCGAAAGAAAUCUUCCAAUGUGAUAUUCCGGGCUGUGAUCAAAAGUUCGUACGGGCCGACCUAUUGACACGACAUAAGAAACGUCACUCGUCCUCCUAUAUCCCUCGAAACCGCGCUCCGAGCUUCAGUACUUCUGCUACCUCUGGCGCACUUUCCGGCAUUGCCGUCUCAUCACCAACAACUCAGUCAUCACGACCGCCAUUCCCUCAAUCCAGUCAGCCCUCCUCAAGUGGGCCUCAUGACGCAGCCAUCUUGUUGACCCCGGACUCCAAUGUCACACCUACACCAACAACCACCGCCUCUGGCCCCUCAUUGACUGCCCGUGUUGGCCAACCGUCAACAUGGCCGCCCAUAGACGAUGUCUCAGUCAACAUGAUGCGCCAAAAGGCCGACUUCUUUGGCCGCGAUCAACCGCCGAUCCCCGAGGCGUCGGCAAUGAUGCCGUCGUUCAAUCCAGUUGGCUUUCAGUCCGAUGAAGCUUUGUCAAGAGAGAAUUUUGCCGUCUGGCUGUUCGAUCCCCAAGCAAGCUUCAGUGAGUUCAACGGCGUCUCGAGCAUCCCAUUCCUCGAAGGUGGCCUCGAAUCGACCUUCAACAACAACAUUCACUACGAUUACGAAUCCCUCACUAGUCGCUCACAGCUCGACCAAACACCACCACGUCACGUCGAAGCUAGCGAUGAACUCAUCAGCGAACAUCGACGCCAAGAAGUCCUCCGAUGGUUGCAGGUUUUCCGCCAGAAGCAACCCAAAUACGAGCAUCGAAUCGUCAACCUAGUGCAAGAAAGCGGGGGAGAUUUGCCUGCCCUGAACUUGGACAUGAUGAGAGACUGCUUGCAAGAGUACUGGAAAAAUGUCUCGCCAAGGCUACCCAUCGUACACCAGCCGACAUUUGCGCCUAACCGCUGCUCCAUCUAUCUGCUGAUGGUCAUGAUAGCCCUAGGAGCCGCAUCUCUGAGCAGUAGGGACUCAACAGGUAAUCUAGAACAAUAUGGAGGCUUUGCCGAUGUUAUGAUUUCUAGUCUUCGUUGGGAAAUCCUUACCGCCGAUGAAGCAUCGCCACCAGUAGGGUUGUUCAUUGCACAGUCGCUUCUGUUGCUCGAGUUUUACGAGAAGAUGUUCUCUUCUAGGCGUUUCCACGAACGAGCCCACAUCUAUCACUCCGCCACCUUGACACUGCUUCGCAGAGGCAGCCCUCUCAUCGGGAGAGGAGGCAGUGAAUCCCCUCCUGAAGAACAAGCUCCGACAUCUAACGAUGGCGCUUCGCUCGACUCGAGGACAUGGUGGGUCAGAUGGGCCGAAAAGGAAUCAAUGCAUCGCGUCGUCUUUGCUGCUUUUAUGUUGGAUAUCAUUCACGCAGCUAUGUUCGGGCACACGGCGGACAUGGCGCCACAUGAGAUACGACUUCCGUUGCCUUGCGAUGACGGACUCUGGACGGCUUCCACCCCCGACAUUUUCCGCCAGCUUGACGGUAACUACAGAAUGUACGGCAUAAAACAAGUGUCUUUCCUUGAUGGAUUGAAGAGCGCUCUGCACGGGCAAGAAGUAAAAACGCAUACAUUUGGCCGCAUGAUCAUCAUGUCCGGUCUGCUUAGCGUGGGGUGGCAUCUCUCACACCGCGAAUCACACCUCAAAUGGCUUGACCUUCGUACACCAAGUACCGAGACACAUGAUGGCUGGAAGAAAAUACUUCUCCGGGCUUUCGAUGAGUGGAAGGAGAGCUUCGACAAUGCUGUUGGUGCAAACGACACACCAGAAGCGCCAGGACAGCCCACAAGCUCGAAUGGGCCGAUUCACUCCGCUGCCGUGCUCUACCAUUUAGCACACAUCAGUAUACACGUUGACAUUGUCGACUGUCAAGUAUACGCCGGCGCAAAGCGCUUAGUUGGGAGAAAAGUCUCAACGCGGGAUCACUCCAACGCUGUCGCACGAAUGAGGACUUGGUCGAACUCUUCGUCGACGCGACACGCCGUUCUCCACGCCUUCAAGCUACUAUACCGUGUUCUUGUCGAUCAGCGAGGACCGAAAAGAAGGACAAGUAGCUUUGGGUCACUCCCAGAGCCUGUGUCCGUCUUUUACUCUUGCCGCAACGAGCCUGAUCCUCACCGGCCAUGGAUCAUGUACUACGCGGCGCUAACUAUCUGGUCCUUCGUCCAGGCGCUGGGAAUUCCCAAUAAGAACAUGCCACCGGGACGAUACAGCGAAAUUGCUCGAUAUCUUGCCCACUUCGCCACGCUAGACGAACUGAACGAUGAGUCGGCGAUGGACCUUAACGAGAGAUUGCCCGAAUUGCUGGACUUGCUGCGAAGUAACCUGGAGCAGUCGCAUUUCGAGCUUCUCCGAGAAGCCAGCGACCGACUCAAGCUUUGCCGAGAGAUGUUGAGAUAG